CAGUAAACAGGUUUGAUAUUUUGUGUGAGGUGUUUUGCCUUUGGCGUGAGGCAGUUUCAAUGGUAGAAGUUCAACUAAAAUGUGUGUUUUUUUUAAUUACUAGUAUUAAGUGUCACGCAGAGAUAGACACAUGUCACUUUUCUUUAAAAUUUUAGCAAACAAGUUCAAACAAACGUGUAUCUGUGGAAUUACUACUGUUUCAUUGCUUUUCGAAUGCAAUUUUCAAUACAAAAGAUUAUGGCAGCUAGCAGCAUUUUUGUUACUUGAGCUGAAAAAGGUUGCAGGGAUGUACCACAUCACUAAUACAAUAGAUAAAGGAUUCCAUACUCAGACAGAGUGACUAGGCUAUAUUUGCUGACCUUUAGAUAUAGGAGCUAGCCUAUUUCAACUAUGACUUCAAGUACAGGAAGCUGCUCUAGUAUCCCACGUAUUAUGGUUUUUCGGCCUACAAUGGAGGAGUUCAAAGACUUUACCAAAUAUUUGGAGUAUGUGGAAUCUCAAGGUGCACACAAGGCUGGUCUUGCAAAGAUCAUCCCACCUAAAGAAUGGUGUCCUCGCAAAGCAGGCUAUGAUAACAUUGAUCUCAUUAUUCCUGCUCCAAUUACUCAAGUUGUCAAUGGAUGCCAAGGAUUGUAUCAGCAGUACAACAUUCAGAGAAAAGCUAUGACAGUCAUGGAAUUUAAGGAGUUAGCUGAAAGUGACAAGUAUGGAACUCCUAGGCAUUUUGAUUAUGAAGACCUGGAGAGAAAAUACUGGAAAAAUUUGACAUACAACUCUCCUAUUUAUGGAGCAGAUGUGUCUGGAUCAUUGUAUGAUGAAAAUGUAGAAGAAUUCAACAUCAAUCAUUUGAACACAAUAUUGGAUCUUGUUGGAGAGGACUAUGGAAUUCGUAUUGAAGGGGUUAACACUGCUUACCUUUAUUUUGGAAUGUGGAAAACUACAUUUGCAUGGCACACUGAAGACAUGGAAUUAUACAGCAUUAACUAUCUUCAUUUUGGUGCUCCGAAGUCAUGGUACGCUAUUCCGCCAGAGCAUGGUCGACGACUUGAAAGACUAGCAGCAGGAUUUUUCCCAAGCAGUUUUCAAAUUUGCCCUGCUUUUUUGAGGCAUAAGAUGACAGUUAUUUCUCCACAGAUAUUGAAGCAAUAUUCAAUUCCUUUUAAUAAGAUAACACAAGAACCUGGUGAGUUCAUGAUUACAUUCCCUUAUGGUUAUCAUGCUGGCUUCAAUCAUGGAUUCAACUGUGCUGAAUCAACUAACUUUGCAUUGUUACGAUGGAUAGAAUAUGGAAAAAGAGCAUUACAAUGUUCAUGUCGAAAAGAUAAUGUGAAGAUUAGCAUGGAUGUAUUUGUUCGUAAGUUUCAACCAGAGCGAUACAAGUUAUGGAAAGAAGGCAAAGAUAUGGGCUGUCAUCCUGAAAAUACUGGACGAAUCUAUGCUGCUCCUCCACCAUCAAAAUAUGAGCUUGCUGUUGCAGCUAGAAGGGAUGCAAAAUUAAAAGGAAAGUCAGGGGAAAUUGCAACAGCUGCAGUUUCUAAAAGGCAUCCCAUCUCUUCUAUGAGUCAAAAGGAGAAAAAAAAUGCAAAGAAGGUAAUUAAAGAUGAGACUCAAAAAAUGUACUCAACUGAACAAUUUAGAUUUGAUUCUGAUACUGAGGAAUAUGACUUGGAAGAAGAAUUGCAAAAAACAAAGAAGAAGACCAGAAGAAAGAAAAAGGUGGUUGAAGAUGCUAACUCGGAAACCAAUCAAGUCAAAGAAAGGCUAGGAGAAAUCGUUAGUGGAGAAACUCCAGUGAAAAAGUCUAGAGUAAAGUUUGCUAACAUUAACCCACUAAACCAUAUAAAAAAGAAAGGCCCUAAAAUCAAGUACACUCCAGCAAGAAUGUUAUCUACAAAACUGCUUACACUUCAGUCACAGUUAUUAAGAUCUGAACCAAAAGCUCAGUUUCAAACAAACAGAAUUGAGGGGGUGUCAUCUUCUGAAAUAGGUGAUGCAUUAAAUCUAAGUACAAAAAAUGUGCUUAGUACUAAAUCGAAAGGAAGUACAAUUGUAUAUAUUAAACCAGUUCAUUCAGAAGAUAGUAACACUAACUUAGACAAGAGUGGAAUGGUUUCUGUAAAUUCGGACAAUGCAACUGUUUUUAGUGCUAAAACAGGAGUAAAUAGAAUGAACACUGUCCAGCCAGAUCAUCCACUAAACCUGAGUGUCAAGUCUGAAAAACUAGUGCCAGAGGCACCAGUAACAGUAUCUUAUAUUGGGAACAGUGAUUCAAGGGUAGUAGGAAUAAAUCUUCAAGAUAUCAUAACAAAAUCUGUAGAUGUUAGCAUGAAGCAAGAAACGCCAAACGUUGUAUCUAGUAAGAGCAUUCUUACAACGAAACAAAAUGGAAUAAAGCAUGUGCAAAAAAUGGGAUCAAUGAGACCCAAAAAUAAAUCUAAAGGAAGUUUUAUGAGUCUUGCAGAGACAAUAAGAAAACUAGAAAUGAAAAUUUCUCAGAAAAGUCCUUUAACUCAACAAUCACAACAUUUAGCUGUAACUGUACCAAGUCAAGAAAUUAGUGUUAAUGGGAAUGCAUCAGAAAAUUUUAAUUCAUCUUCAGGAACUACUAAACAGCUUGCUCCCUCAAUCAAAAGUGAAAUUCUUCCCCAACAAAGUAAACCUAUUAGUUUCAUAAUUAAUACAGUUAAUCCUCUUCAGCUUGCUGUCAGUAACACAUCUAGCCAGAGUUUUGCACUUGAAAAUUUACCUAAAGGUUUGACUAUAUGCAGUCCUUUGUCAAAAACUGUUAAUUCAACACGGCUAACCACAGUCCCUUCUUCAUGUUCCAUCAUUGCUCUCCCAGUAUCUUCAGCUUUGCUAAAACCUAAAGUACCAGAAGGGAAAAUUACAAAUUUCUCAAAGGAAAGUAAAGAAGUUAAACAGGUAGUUUACAAUAUUCAGAGAAUAAAUCCAGAACUUCAGAUAUCACAAAAUAUUAUUGAUGUAAAGUGUCCCAUCCAGACUUCCAGUAAAUUGUGUUCCUCUGAAAAAAAAACUGACUUUAUUCUGCAGAAUCAUGAUAUAAAACCAGAAACAUCUAUAUUUACAGAGAGAAACUUCAAAAGUGAGAAAACUGGAAAUAUAGUGGACUCUAAUGAUGAUAAACCAGCCAUUCUGAAGAUGCUCCAUAAUUACACAUUAUCUCCAGAAAAGGAAGAGAAGAAUGUUCAUACUUUUAUUCAAAAAAGUAAAAAACCUGAGAUUGUUUCGUCCAAAGAAAAGAAGAUUCUUAACACGGGGAUUCGAAGACACCCCAUUUCAAAACCUCGAAGAAGCAUUCCUUUAUCCAAAGUGGAUUCAAGCGAUGAAGUGCCAAGAAACUUGGGAUCAGUGAAGAUAAAAGGCUUGGAAGAGGUCCUUGUACAAUGGGCUUGUUAUGGGGUGAUCUCUGUACCCAGUGAAUCAUGGAGAUGUCGACGAUGUGAAAAACAGAAUGUUGAUGUAGAAUGUUGUUUAUGCAGUUUACGGGGUGGAGCAUUGAAGCCUACAACAGAUGGAAGAUGGGCACAUAUAUUGUGCACUCUUCUGAUUCCAGAAGUUGUUUUUGAAGAUAUCUAUACAAAAGAACCCAUUAAUGUCACUCGAAUUACACAAGAACGUGCAAAAUUGAGGUGCUCAUAUUGUAAAAGGAUUAGUGGCUUGUAUGGACACAAUAGUGGAGUAUGCAUCCAGUGUUCAUCUGGAAAAUGUAUAAAUGCUUUUCAUGUAACGUGUGCACAUGCAGCAGGUGUGAUGUUUGAGACGUGUGAUUUCCCAGUGAACAUUUAUAUUACUUGCACGCGUCACAUACGAAAAAAGAAUAAGGUUGCAAAAAGAAAGUUAUCAGAAGUAAAAGUUGGUGCUAGUGUUAUUGCAAAACAUAAAAACGGCAGAUAUUAUCCCAGUGAAAUUGUUGACAUUAGCACUCAAUUAUUCUAUUCUGUGGACUUUGAAGAUGGUUCAUUUAGUGACAAUCUUUAUCCCAAAGAUAUUAUAAGCCGAGACUGUGAAAAUGAUGGACCACCUGCCUUCAAUGAGCAUGUGAGAGUACAUUGGAAGGAUGGAGAGAUUUACGAUGCUGCCUACAAGGGAUCCUCUUCCCAUACCAUAUAUACUGUGGAGUUUGAGAAUGGUAUGGAAAACAGGUUGAAAAGAGAAGCUUUCUUUACUGAAGAUGAGGAACUCCCAAAGGCAGUGAAGUCUAAGCUGUCUACUGCUACAGAGUCUCAACAUCACUUGUUCCAAGAAGAGGGUGUCAAUGGAAAACGUGUUCGUAUUGCCAACUCCAAAUACUCGUCAAAUGACAUAUUGCCUUUGUGAUUUGUCAAAACAUUCAUCACAAUCCAUCAUCCUUGUACUUUUAUCAGAGUAGAAGAGGAAGUGUUAUUAACUUUCAGGUGAAUUAACAGUAUGGUCAGAAAAGAUUGACCAUUCUUUGUUGCACAUCUUUCAUCUUGACAUUUCUGACUCUUUGGAGUACAGUUUGUUUUAUGUUACUGAGCAAUGGUAGACUUCAUCAAACUGUAUACAGACUUGUCAUUCCACAUGGAAUUUGACAUUUGUUUUUCAACAUAGAAAUUUCUCACUAGUUUUGAGACGAAUCAUUAAAACCUGUUAAUGAGGUCACUUGCACUCAUCAAAAAAAUACCAUUUGUUUGACUACAAAAUAAGAAGCAAAGCAAGAUGAUUUAAGCAGUACAUCUUUUUUGGUUUUUGUAUGUAUACUUCAUUGAAGUCUUAAAUACAUAUGUAUAUUUGUCCAUCUUUUGUGUAUUAAGUGAGAAAAUUCAGCCCUUUAAACCUAGUGCCAUGACAGCUGGUUUCACCUUGCAUAAGAUUUUAACUUGUAUUCAAGAAAUUAUAUUUACAGUUUUUCAAUAAUACAUAUUUUAUGAAUUAGAAUAAUAGUUAAAAUGGAGAAAAGCUGCAAACUGAUAUUUGCAUUUAAUACUAUUUAAGAGCCAGUUUGACCAUCCUUUUUGGGAGGCAAUCUUUAUUGUUUUAUUUUGUUCUUUUUUUCACACACACACACCCAAAAGAAAAAUUAUAUAUUUUUUAAUGAAAGUGUAUGAAAUGUAAAGGUUAACUGUUAAUACAUUGUAUUACUUCAUUUUCUUUACUAUUCAAGACGUAUUUCUCAUAUGGUGAAGUGUUAUUUCAAAGUUUUUUAAUAUGUAUGGUUGUUUUAUGCACCAUGGAAAAAAGAGAAAAUCUUAAGAAUGUUAGAAACCUUGUUUUAGAAAGUUGUGUAGAACAUUACAUUCUUUUUUUGUUGAGUUAUGCAAGUUGUGUGAAUAUUACCUUUUAUAACUCUCAAAAGAAACUAGAGAAAUUGUAAAAAUACCAAAGUUUGACUAUCAAUUUUGUGUUGGUUUCUGCCAAUGGAUAGCUGCACUUGUUACUAGCUAUGAAUGUGAUGUGUUACUAUUGUUUUUGAAAUAACUAGGGUAUUUUCUGAUAUUAUUUCUAGGAUUUACGUGAAAUCAGUCAAACUUGGUAGCUGCUGUCAAAAAUGAAAAUUAUAUCAAGCCUUUUGUCUAAACUUUGUUCGUUCAUAAAUUGUAAAAAAUAUCUUAAGGAAGAAUCCAUCCAAAGCUCUGAACUCUUUCAGAUAUAUAUUCUUUUGAACUGGUUAACUUAAUAUCAUUUGUGAUUGUGCUUCUACGUUUGUCCGUCUCUUUGUUUAUCAAGUCUUGAGGUUUUGCACACACAUUACUAUGAAUAAUAGCUCAGAUAUUUAAGUGCUAAAUCACAUGAUCAAAGGAACAUUCAUGGAACGCAAAACAUUAGCAUUAAGUUAUAAUGUGAUCAAUACUUUUAAGUCACCACAAAAUCAGUAUGCAUUAUGAACAAAUACAAAGAAGCCAUAAUCUUUUCCUUAUGAUAUAGACCAUUGUUUCUAAUAUUAUAUUUAAGUGCUUUUGCGUGUUCUUAGUAAGCUUCUCCACCUUGCACAUAAUAAAGUUAUUCACUUUAGCCAAGUUACAUCUGUGAAGUUACUGUCAACAUAUUAAUAUAAAUAACUUUAUUCAUGCAAUCACAGAAACACACUACUGCAUAUAAAAUACAAUUAUAAGGUACUAUAGAUUCUUAUGCUAUAAAUUUAAUUUAUAUCCAGUAGUUUUGAAUAUCAACACCAAGAAAAUAUACUUAAAUCAAACCUGAUUUGUUUACCUGUUUUAAAGAGUAUAAAGACAAAGUUGUAAACAAUUAAACAAAUGUUGAAUGUUCAAAUUGGAUCAAAGCUGAAAACACUACUACCAGUGAGGAUACCCUACUGAUGACUUAAGACUUUUUUUUUAUUAAGAUUAAUUAUUAUUAAUUCUAAUUUUUAUUGAAGAGUUUUUCAACUUUUAGGGUAGAAGUUAUUAUGCUAUGUGUGUAAUCAUUUUUUUUCUAGGUUAUUUGCAGUAAUAAGAUAUACCGUAACUUUUAUAUAACUUUGAUCACAUGGGAAUACACAUUUUACAGAGUAUUGUCAUAUAAAAAGGUGCUGUGAAAUUUUAAUUAGAAGGGAAAACUUCACAUUAUCUUGUAGGUACAACUCACAUCUAUGUUUAACAUACUUUACUAAUUCAGUGACAUCAGAAAACUUGUUCUAAAAUUAAAUAGAAAUUUUUAAAUUUGAUGUUUGUUUAUUUGUUUCUAUGAAAUUACCUAACUUUGAUAGAAACGUAUAGCAAAGAACAAAACUUAGUUGAGUUGUGUAUUUCAUAAUGAUAAAAACAAUUUCAGUGAUGUAAUAUUAUAUGAAACUGUUAGUCUACCUUAAACUUUUCUCUUCAAAUCUUUUUGUUCUGAAAUGUGUGUGUGUGUGUGUAUAUACAUAUAUUCUUUUGUUAAAAUGUCAAAAUUUACAGAUAAAAGGGUUUUUAUUUGAAAGAAAAUUUGGGAUCAAAAGAGCUAUAAUUGGGUAUAGAUGGAACAGCAGAUGUAACAUCACAAUGGGGAGUUAUUGAUUUCAUUUAUUACAGUGUAAUUUCUAAACAUUUCACCUUGUUUAGGGUUGGGUUUUCUCACAGUCUUUUUGUUUUGUAUGUGAACUUAUUUAAUUUGUUUUUGCAGUAAUAGAAUUUAUUCAAAAAAGCUAACAUUAUACUUAAUAUAGAAUUGUUUUUAUUAUUUGAUUUAUAAAAAUGUAAUUUGCUUUUCUGGAAAUUCUUUUUUCAUUUGAUAAAGCUGGAAAGGACAAGCGUUGCACUUACUGUAUAUUGAACUUUGUAUCUGCAUGAUUUCAUCAGUGUUGAAAAUAAGUGUAUAGUCAUUUUCUUUUAAGUUUCAGUAGCUGUGAAUCAUGGUAGUUUUGGCUUUCUUGCAUUUUUUUUAUUCCACUGUUACAAAUCCUUAUAAACUGUGGAUAAUUUUGUUAGUUUUUAGCUGAUCUCAUCCAUGUUUAUUGGUAUUUAAAGCUAUGGUAACUAAGUUUGUAUAUUAAAUUCCUUGCUAAUAAAAUUCAAAAUAUAUACACGUUUGUAA